AUGCUCUUCGACCUCAAAGGCGUCUUCCUCUUCGGCCUUCUGGCUCUCGCCCAGGCGAGUCCGGUCUCGGUGCCGGGCGCUGGUGGUCUUGAGGCCAGAGCCAAAGGCAAGAAGGUAACCGAUGUCAUCUGCGAUGAUGGCCAACGCUUGACUGCAGAGGAUGUUGGGUUGGCACUCCGAGCUGCGAGGAACGCUGCAGAUGAAAGCGUUGGCUACCCAGGUCUUUCGUGGUGGUAUCCUCACUUCUUUGGCAAUCAGCCACCCGUGUUUCCCGCUCAGGCUGAGCUGAGGAGUUUCCCCAUCAUCCCCGGUGGGACUUUCACUGGCGCCGGCGGUCCGAGAGCUGGGGUUUAUCGAGUCGUCUACAAAGCAGGAGGCUCAAAGGAUUUUGUCGGUGUGAUGAAGGAGGGCAAUGGUGCCAGCUUCUCUCUCUGCCCGCCUGCUCCGGCUCUCCCACCACCCCCUCCGCCGCCUCCUUCGCCGCCUUCACCCCCGUCGCCACCUUCUCCACCCGGCGCUCCUGCCAAGGCUUGA